AUGGCCGCGACCGCCCGCGCCGAGGAGGCGGCGGCGGCGGCGGCCGAGGAGGAGGAGGAGGAAGCGGCGGCCGCGGCGGCAGAGCGGUUGGCGUCGGCGCUGCGGCAGCGGCUGCGGGGCUGGGAGGCGGCGCUGGCGGCGGCGCAGCGGCUGCUGGUGUGGGAGAGGCCGCUGCACAGCCUGGUGACCGCCGCCGCGCUCGGCGGGGCGCUCUGGUUGUUUUCCUCCACUUCCCUGAGACCCCUCUUUCUCCUCAGCAUGUCUCUCCUUGGCAUCCUCUUGCUGGAGAGAUGGAAGCCCAGGUUCUUGUUCGACUUCCCAGCUCAGCCAUCGGAAGAGCCAGGAGGGGACAGUGAGGGGGUGACUUCAGGGGCACAGCCUCACCUGCUCAGUGUCCCUGAGCUGUGCCACUGUCUGGCAGAGAGCUGGGUCACCUUCAGGCUGUACCUGCAGGAACUGCUACAGUACAAGAGGCAAAAUCCUGCCAAGUUCUGCAUGAGUGUCUGUUCAGGCUGCCUGAUUCUGGCUAUAGUUGGACACUAUGUUCCAGGCAUAAUGAUCUCCUACAUCAUUUUGCUCAGCAUUCUUCUCUGGCCACUGGUGGUCUACCAUGAGCUGAUCCAGAGGAUGUACACACGAUUGGAGCCUGUUCUGAUGAAACUGGACUACAGUAUGAAGGCAGAGACAUUGCACCACAAGCAUGAGAAGAAGAAGCGACAAGUGAAGAGUGAGCCUGCAGCAGGUGAUGAGCCAACAGCAGAGACGGAGAGUGAGAGUGAAGCAGAGCUGUCAGGCUUCUCCCCAGUGGUGGAUGUGAAGAAAACUGCCCUGGCACUGUCAAUCACAGAUUCUGAGCUCUCUGAUGAAGAGGCUUCCAUCCUGGAGAGCGGGGGCUUUUCUGUCUCAAGGGCUACCACCCCACAGCUGACAGAUGUUUCUGAAGACCUGGAUCAGCAGAGCCUGCACAGUGAGCCAGAGGAGUCAUUUUCCAAAGACCUGGCAGAGUUUCCCUCCGUGGAAGAAUAUCAUUCCAGAGAUCUGGGACCACAGAGUGAUGAAGACGCAUUUGGUGUGCCUCUGGGUCCUGAGCUUGCCCAUGCUGCCCGUGAGCUGGACUCAGCAGAGAAGGAGGCUGCGGACUCUGACCUCUCCAUCCUUCGUUUAGCGUCUCCUCUCCAUUUUGUAAAUACGCACUUCAACGGAAGUGGGCAGGUGGCAGGAGGCAGCAUGGAGCCAGAGACUGUCCCUGCACCGGGCAUGGGCAUCUGUAUCGACACGCUGAGCGAGGAGAUUGUCACCACUGCCAUUACCACAGCGGUGCAGAACACCCUCUCCGCCCUGCUGCGGUCCUCAGAGGCCAGCGAGGGACCCUCCCUCUCUGAGUUCCUCCCCACUGAGCCCGAAGAGAAACUGAGCUUCCAAGCACAGCUGUCAGGGACCGAAGUGGUGGAGGCAGAGGCAGCAGUUUCACCAGAGGACGAGGAGGAAGCCGAUGACUUUGAGCUACUGGAUCAGAGGGAGCUGGAGCAAAUGGAUGUAGAGCUGGGCCUUGGGGAGGAGCAGGAAGGGCAAGAGUUUCCUGCCACUCCGGCUCCAGCUUCCCCCUCUCCCGCACUUGCCGAGCUGCCAAAGCAAGGAGAUGAGGAGGAGGCAGCGAUGACAGCAGCAUCUAUGUCUUAGGUCUUCUUCGUGCACCCCUUCAAUCUCCGUCGUCACUGGAAAGAAGGAAGAACUCACGUGGCGAACGCGCAGCGGGUUUUAGAUGUCUGUGUUGACUGGGAUGGAAACGCGUCAGUGUUAAUGUGCUGUGUUUGGAAUAACAAAUCCUUUCCAUCCUUCUAGAGCCCGGCCUCUGCUGGCUGAGCGGGAGACGGCCCUGCCCCGCCGCUGGGGAGGAGCCGGCUCCUGGAAGCCUUACGCCACAACGGAGCACCAACCCCUGCAAAUGCUUCCUAGUAAUGGUGCGGUAUUUUGGUCUGUCUUCUGUUUGUCUUUCGUUUUGCACGCCGAGUACUGAGCUAGCUGUAGCUGCUGCUAAUACCCAAAUCCCCAGUAGGA